GGAGGUGUUGGCAGAUUCCCAGGAAGUGGUGGAUUUAUCGGCGAGCGAAGUUACUAUGUGAGAGGACGCCUCGUUUGCGGCAUUCAAGGAGCACAAGGAGCUAGAGUUUCUUUGUGGGAGAAUAGAGGACAAGGAUCCCCAUUCAUCUAUGAAGAGGCGAUUGUCGAUGCUGGUGGAAGUUUCUAUGUAAAAGCUGAGAUCCGCAAUGGUAUGGGAUUUUCUGGUGCAAGUUCCGGUGGUUAUCUUACCUUAACCAUCACCCACAGUUGUCAGGGCCAGCGACAGAUGAGCAUCGAACUGCCAGAAACAUAUUUCAACCCAGGCAUAGUACCCAUCAAGACUUACGAUUUGGGAACGAUUAAUCUUGAGGGUAGAUUCUUGGGUGAAGGAAACAACGACUUUGGAGGAAACAGCCGCUUGGGUCGAGGUGGCAACCACGACUUUGGGAGAAGAUUUAACCCUGGUGGAUUUGGCAGCGGACUAUGA